UUAGUUCAAAUGGCGCCAAAAUUAUAAAAUUGGUGGCAAAAAGUUGUGAAUGUGUAAAUUUAUUUUAAUUCGUAAAAUAUGGAUGAAUUGGCGCAGUUGCGCAAACGCAUUACAACAUCUUUCAAGUUAUGUGGUUUUCUGAUUCGGUCCGAGAACAGCACCUACCUCGCCGAGCAACUGCUGCCCUUCGAGCCGGCCGAACGUGAGAAAUGGAUGACGGUCAUAACGGAGAAUCUGCAGGGACAGAAGCUGGCAACGCCGCAUGUUGAACGAGAAGCGUUGGAAAAAGCCAUCAAUGAACUAAACCGCGUUGGUUUGGAUGAGGGCGAGACUAUUUUUUCACUAAUUGAUGCAUUUACUGUGCCACGCUACCGCUACAACACACGGAUCAAAAAGUUUGAGCUGGACACGCAGCCGCGACGCCUGCUGCCACAGCCCCGCAUGAAGUCUGACUAUCUGCAGCAGCGCUAUGCAAUGUUGCUGCAGAAAACGCUGCGGCAUGAUCUUUUCGCGCCCGCAGUCAUCCAAGACGGCGUUGCAGCCGCAGCGCAGACCAAAAAAUUCAAAUUGCAGUACGCAGAAAACUUGCUGGCGACAUCCCACUUGAAGGAGGCUGUGGUAUUGGGUCUGCUCACUCAGCUGAAGGAGGGCAAAUUCUUCGUGGAGGAUCCAACAGGUUGUGUAGAGCUUGAUUUAAGCGGUGCACGUUUCCAUGCCGGCUUCUUCUGCGAGGGCUGCUUUGUACUCGCGGAGGGCAGCUAUGCGAAUGGCGUACUAAAAGUCGAUGGUCUAGGCUUUCCGCCCGCUGAACCAGCCAGCAGCAGCCGCGCCUUCUUCGGCACUGGCAACACUUGGGGCGGCGAGCCCACAAAGCUGCUGAAGUACUCGCCUCGUUUGCAAGAAGUGGAGCGCACCAAUACGGAGACGACGCUGGUAUUCCUGUCUGAUGUGCGUUUGGAUCUGCCCGUUGUCAUGGACAAACUGCGCCAGCUUUUUGUCGGCUAUGAUUCCUGCCCGCCCCAGGCCAUUGUCCUGAUGGGGCCCUUUACGGCCAGCACGCGCAAUCACCAUGAGCUACGUCAGCAUUUGGAUGCUCUGGGCGCAUUGGCCGCCGGCUGCGAGCAGCUCAAAAAGCAGACCGAUUUAAUUCUCGUGCCCUCUGCUGAGGAUCCUACGGCACCAAACAUUUUACCACGCGCUCCGCUGCCCGAGUGUCUGGCCGCUGGCCUGCUCAAGGCUUGGCCGCGCACCCAGCUGGCCACGAACCCCUGCCGCUUGCAGUAUUGCACACAACAGAUUGUCGUUUGCCGUCUGGAUCUUAUGGCCAAAUUCUGUCGCAAUACGCUGCACUUUCCGCCCGACACAACUCACAUUGAGCAGCACUUUGCACGCACACUCGUCUGUCAGGGUCAUCUGGUGCCCAUACAUCCAAUUGCGAUGCCCGUGCACUGGGAUUACGACCCGGCGCUGUGGCUAUACCCACUGCCUGAUCUCAUUGUGAUGGGUGACUCCUGCCAGAGCUUUGCCAGCACUCAGCAUGAAUGCACGGUGUUGAACACCGGCUCUUUUGUCAAGUCCAAGUUCGCCUUUAAGGUAUACAUACCCGCCACACGCACCAUUGAGGACUCCGAGAUACCCGGAGACAUGGAUACAAGCUAGGCCCACUUCUGCCCACAAAUGUAUGUUGAAACAUUUCCCCCACUCAAUCCCAAUAUAUAUAUAUCUAUAUA